CGGGAGAAGGCCGGCCACACCGCACCUUCUAGCUAGAGUCCACCGCCCCCUCCCUUCUUCGUCUGGCGGAGGCAGCUGGAGUCCCGGGAGAGCUGAUCAGAGCACGCACAGAGUAGCCGGUCAAGUGCGCAGCAGAUUGGCCUAUCUUGGGAGCUUACCAGGUAUUGCUCCUCCUGAAGAUCAGGUGACCAUUGAAGUCAGCCAUGUCAUCGAGGCCUUUUGAAAGUCCACCUCCUUACAGGCCUGAUGAAUUCAAACCAAAUCAUUAUGCACCAAGCAAUGACGUAUAUGGAGGAGAAAUGCAUGUUCGACCAAUGCUGUCUCAGCCUGCAUAUUCUUUCUACCCAGAAGAUGAAAUUCUUCACUUCUACAAAUGGACCUCUCCACCAGGAGUGAUUCGGAUUCUGUCUAUGAUCAUUAUUGUGAUGUGCAUUGCCAUAUUUGCCUGUGUCGCCUCCACACUUGCCUGGGACAGAACCUAUGGAACUACUUACCUGGGAAGUGGCUUUGGUAGCUAUGGCUAUGGCUAUGGCUACGGCUAUGGCUAUGGUUAUGGCUAUGGAGGAGGCUACACGGAUCCAAGAGCAGCAAAGGGCUUCAUGUUGUCCAUGGCUGCGUUUUGUUUUAUUGCCACAUUGGUGAUAUUUGUUACCAGCGUUAUAAGAUCUGAAAUGUCCAGAACAAGAAGAUACUACUUGGUUGUGAUAAUAGUGAGUGCAAUCCUGGGCAUCAUGACGUUUAUUGCCACAAUUGUCUAUAUAAUGGGAGUCAACCCAACUGCUCAGGCUUCAGGAUCUGUAUACGGUUCUCAAAUAUAUGCUCUCUGCAACCAGUUCUAUACAUCUACAACUACUGGACUGUAUGUGGAUCAGUAUUUGUACCACUACUGUGUGGUGGAUCCCCAGGAGGCCAUUGCCAUUGUUCUGGGAUUCCUGAUUAUUCUGGCUUUUGCUUUAAUAAUUUUCUAUGCUGUGAAAACUCGAAGAAAGAUGGACCGGUAUGAUAAGUCCAAUAUUUUGUGGGACAAAGAACACAUUUAUGAUGAGCAGCCCCCUAAUGUCGAAGAAUGGGUUAAAAAUGUGUCUGCAGGUACAGAAGACAUGCCUCCACCCUUGUCUGACUAUGUGGAUAGGGUUGACAGUUCCAUGGUAUACUCUUCCAAUGGCAAAGUGAAUGACAAGCGGUCAUAUUUAGAGUCUUCCUAUAAAUCAACUCCGGUGCCUGAAGUGGUUCAGGAGCUUCCGGUGACUUCACCUGUGGAUGACUUCAGGCAGCCUCGUUACAGCAGCAGUAGUAACUUUGAAACACCCUCAAAAAGGGCUCCCACGAAGGGAAAAGCAGGAAAGUCAAGAAGAACAGAGCAAGACCACUAUGAAACAGACUACACGACUGGCGGCGAGUCCUGCGAUGAGCUGGAGGAGGACUGGAUCAGGGAAUAUCCACCUAUCACUUCAGAUCAACAAAGACAACUCUACAAGAGAAAUUUUGACACUGGCUUGCAGGAAUACAAGAGCUUACAAGCAGAACUUGAUGAGAUCAAUAAAGAACUCUCUCGUCUGGAUAAAGAAUUAGAUGACUAUAGAGAAGAAAGUGAAGAGUACAUGGCUGCUGCUGAUGAAUACAAUAGGCUGAAGCAAGUUAAGGGAUCUGCAGAUUACAAAAGUAAGAGGAGUUAUUGCAAGCAAUUGAAGAGUAAAUUGUCGCACAUCAAGAAGAUGGUUGGAGACUAUGAUAGACAGAAAACAUAGAAGGCAGAAGCCACAUUGCUUGAGAAAUGGAGAAGUAUCUAUGUGAUAUCUUUGCAAUGUUCUCAGAGGGCAAAUGACUUUGAACUCUAAUCUGGGAAUCCAAACCUUUGUGAUCAUUACAAAGAUUUGGUAGCUUUAAUAUCAUCAGUAUUGAAGCAUUUUAUAAAUAGCUUUUGCUAAUCAACUUGGCUGAACACUACAAUUAAAGAUUUUACACUUUAAACAUUGAUUCUUGUAUUAAGAACAAAAUACUAUUUAAGGUUUUAAACCAUAAAGGUCCCUUUUGUGAACUGUGCUGUGAACUCUCACAACCCAGACAGUGAUGUCUUAAUAUCUAAAGUGCAUUUGUUUGACUAGGUGAUCUUGUUUAAUCCUCCCAACCGCCCUUCAGAUAAUUAUUAUUUAUGAUAAUUUUCUGAUAAGGAAACUGGGUCCCUGCAGUGAAGGCUCUGAUGUGAAACUGCUUGCUUCCUAGCACAGUUUUGGUUAAGGCUGUUUUAUGACUCUGUUAAUAAUAAAGUCCCUAGUCUUUCAUAUUUUAGCUACUAUGUAUACUGCAUUCUACCAGCCUCCCUAUUGACUUUUUUCCUAUUAUAUUAAAUGGUCAUAUAAAUGAUGAAAAAGUUUUUCUUAUUUUAUGUUAUCCUGAUAAUAAAUAUCAUGUAAAAGUAACAAAUUGUGAAAUUUAAAGAUUGUAAAUAUAUAUAUUUACUUUUGUAAAAUCAAAGUUCAAACCUAGUGGUUAGAAUUUUGUGUGUUUUUAAAUACUUUUUAUCUUUUAUGGUUUACAUACAUUUGUUUUUUAACCACCUAGACCUUUUCAUUGUAUCAGAGUAAUCGAUUACUUUUAUAAUUCAAUUGUGACGAAUUAUAUCUUUUGGGAAUGAUCAAGUUCUGUACAUAUUUUAUAAGGUAUUUAAUCUGGUGUUUUCUUUCUAUAAAUAUUUGAUGUCAUUAGUUCUGUUAAUAUUAAGCUAUGGAGAACUAUACUCAGGAGUUGUAUCUAUUGUUUUAAACAAUUUUGGGUGCUGUGCUGGUUAGUGGUUUCCCAGUCCUUUGACUAUAAGGCCACCGAUGUGUUUAGAAAUAGAAUGCUAUACCAUAAAACACUAAAUUAUUUCAAAUGGUG